AUGCAGGAGGGGAGCUCUCCCGUCCAUUCCCAGAGCUGCCUUUACCGUUCCACGUUCAUUGACUCUUGGGGUGCAGCAUGUGGUCUUCGGGAGCCAGCCAGUAGCCGCAGCAUGAAGGUUCCGCAGGUCUUGCUGCGUAUAUCGCGAGAACUCUCUUCAGUGUGGAAGAGCAUCGCCUCCGGUACCGUUACACACUCGCGACUGUCCCAUACCUUAACCAGGUCACUGCCCACUAGAUUAACUAUCGAAGGCGUUCGAUGUUCGCACCAUCCAUCAGUGACUAGCUGCAGAUCAAGACAGCACUGUUCCGGUAUAGCGGUAUUCCUACCUGCUUCUUGA